CGCCCUCAAGGUGCUCAAACCGUGCAUCCAGCACGAUGCUGCCUGCUCUGCUCUUCUCGCUUGGAUCCCCACCCCUCCUCUUGUCAAAAGACGAGAAAACCUCUUUCCCACGAGCCAGAAGGUGCGUAGUGCAUAGCGCAUAGCGCAGCGGUUCACAGGUCUGGAGAGAAACGGAAGAAAGAGCGCGACGACAGGAUGCUGUGGCGCCAGAACGGAGGAGAAGAAGACGACGAGGAAGAAGAGAAACGAAAGAAGAAACGACGUCCUACAGACGACAACGCGCAUGGUGAUCGUAACCAUCAUGCGACCAGCACAGCAUGCAAGCAAGCGUGCGCGCACCGCGCCAGAAACCCAGCGGGCAGCAAAACCAGCCAGGCAGACAGGCAGGCAAGCAGGCAGACGGCGCUCUUGCGUGCCUGCAUCAUCUCAGCGAGCGAGACAAAGAGCGAGAGAAAGAGAGAUCGAGGGAGAAGAGAGUGAGCGCACCAAAAGCAGACAAGCCAACCCCAACAACAUAACGCCACAGAGCAGCCGUCAAAGCAGCCUCAAGUAUUCGGGACAGACAGACAAACAAAAAGACAAAACCUCCGGAAUAAACGCCCGAUCAGACGCCCUUUUCCCGCGCUCCCUCUUUUGCGAUUUGAGACAGAUAACAAACUCGAAAAAUGACAGAUGAGAAGCAGAAUGAUGAUGAUGCUCUCAAGGGAUGCAAUCACGUGACGUCGGCGCUCGAAGUGCACAACAGCGACG